AUGGCGAAAGCAAAUGUGUUUCUCCUCUCCAUUUUUGUCAUUGCUUCACUCUCUUCCCUUUCCCACGGCCUUACCAUAAACGGCAUCAGAAUCGGCACCCUCGAAAUUGACGGUGUCCUGCGUUGUACUCUUAACGCUAACACAAACGCUCCUCCCAUUUCGGGGCAGACCGUCUCUUUAAGAUGUGCCGGCUCAAAUACCAACCUCGCCCAAGCAGUGACCAAUCCCGCCGGUGCAUUCAGGGUGGUGCUCAAUAUUGUGGACACACUCGCCUUUGACCCGUCAUUUUGCGCUAUCCAGGUUAACCUUCCGGUGGCCACGUGUUCCGUGUUCCCACCAGAUGGCGUCCUCACUGCCUCCUUUAGGCUGGUCAAUGUCGUCCAGGGGAGUGUUGGAAAUAUUGCCAACUUUGUCACUGGCUCUUUUAUCACCUCUCUCUGA